AUGAGAAGAACAAUCUCAGGCUGCUUUUCUGGAUUUGCAACAACCUUGAACGGUGAGGAAUAUCCCCUUGGUAUUCAUGCUGAGGAACAUUCGACUAACUUGCUCCAACCCGUUUCCAGAGACUUGUUACGUGAGAUUGACGGAACUCUGCCACGCAGCAACCUCGCACAGUUCGAGGAACACUUCUCUCUACCUCUACCGUGCGACGAGGCAGACAACAAGGAACGCCCACCCCAUGUCAACACACAUUUCGUCUUCUUCUUGGCGGAAAUGUCUCUGCGCGCCAUCCUAGAAAGUAUCCUAACCACCCCCGAACUAAACGCCCAUAGCUCCCCGGCCUCAAUCCAUCAACCAUAUCAACUCAACAUCUCACCCGUGCAACAAGAGCUCCACUCCCAGCUUGACACAUGGAUCCUCCGCCUGCCGGCGAACCUCGACUGGUCCCCCAACCCAGUGCCCGUGCCAACCAAUGCGUAUUCCGAGCGCUCGCCGUUGACGACCCGUCUGAAACUGCUGUAUUGGUAUGCACGAUUCGCACUCCAUCGACCACUCAUGCUUCAGACCCUGGACAACGGAGCUGUGUGGUCGCAUUUGCCGAUAUGGGAACCUUUCCGCGAAGGACUACUCCCCGCGCUGAAUCUGCUGAAGAUCUUUGCCACCGAGCAGCCGGACAUCGAUGUGAUCAUGGCUAAUAGGGUGAUUUCUGCAAUCGACAUGAUGACCAAGAUCACCAGCAAGAUGCCGUUCCCUGCUUUCAAUGGAGAGAAUGCAGAUGAGCUCAUACGGACAGCGACGAAUAUGUUGAUGAGGAAGUUUGGCACAUCCUCGGACUGGGUGGUUUGCAAGUUGGCUAACCUGCAGGUCAAUUCAAGAAACGGAGUUUCGGUUUGA